UUCGAGCCGACAAAGACCUCAAGCUAAGCUCCUCUUGCCGAAAUCAGAGAUCAAGUCUUUAGAGCCGUUGGCAGUCUAAAAUAAAUAAAGUCUAAGUAAAUAUAUUCACACUUUACAACCCCCCACUCCCAGUCUUUUUCUUCUUCCUCCUUCGCUCUUCCCCUUACACCACAUCUGAUAAUGUAAACAGUUCGCACAAAGGCAAAAGCUAAAGACCUUUUGUUUAUUGCCUUUACGGAGCUCUAAACUUUGAAGCAUUAUCAAUGGCUUCCAACGGCGGUAUGAUAAUGAUGCUGCUGCUCCUCGGCAUUUCCCUGCUUCUGGGCUUCUCUUCCGCUGAGGAUCCAUAUACCUUCUAUGACUUCGAAGUUUCCUACAUCACUGCUUCUCCUCUUGGUGUGGAACAACAGGUUAUUGCUAUUAAUGGGAAAUUUCCAGGACCUGCUAUCAAUGUGACCACUAACAACAAUGUUGUCGUCAAUGUAAAGAACAAAUUGGAUGAAGACCUCCUAAUGCAUUGGUCCGGUAUUCAAAUGAGGAAGAAUUCUUGGCAAGAUGGGCUGGUUGGUACAAACUGUCCAAUUCCAUCAAAGUGGAAUUGGACAUACAACUUUCAAGUGAAAGACCAGAUUGGAAGUUUCUUUUACUUCCCUUCCUUGAAUUUUCAAAGAGCAGCAGGAGGCUUUGGUAGUUUCAUUGUUAACAACAGAGAUACAAUUCCAUUGCCUUUUAGUACCCCUUUCGGGGACAUCACAAUUUUGAUUGGUGAUUGGUACACUAGAAAUCACACGGCUCUAAGGAAAACACUUGAUGAUGGGAAAAGCCUUGGAAUGCCCGACGGUGUCCUUAUUAAUGGAAAAGGGCCUUACAGAUACAAUAGUUCUUUCGUUCCUGAUGGUAUUGACUAUGAGACCAUCAAUGUCCGGCCUGGCAAAACAUACCGACUGCGUGUAACUAAUGUGGGCAUAUCAACGAGUUUGAACUUCAGAAUCCAAAGCCAUAACCUGCUUCUAGCUGAAUCAGAGGGAUCAUACACAGUUCAGCAGAACUAUACCAGCUUAGAUAUCCAUGUUGGGCAAACAUACUCAUUUUUGUUGACCACUGAUCAGAAUGCAAGUUCUGAUUACUACAUUGUUGCAAGUGCGAGGUUUGUAAAUGAAACUCUAUGGAGAAAAGUCACUGGGGUUGCCAUUCUGAAGUACACUAAUUCAAAGGGGGCGGCUCAUGGUCCUCUCCCAGACGCACCACAAGAUCAAUAUGAUAAAACCUUCUCUAUGAACCAGGCACGAUCUAUAAGGUGGAAUGUGACUGCCAGUGGCGCCCGUCCAAAUCCCCAAGGUUCUUUCAGAUAUGGUUCGAUAAAUGUGACUGAAGUGUACAGGAUAAAGAACAAGCCACCAAUAAAGAUUAGUGGGAAACAGAGAGCGACAAUCAAUGGGAUUUCAUUUGAAGCCCCCAAGACACCAAUCAGGCUUGCUGAUUGGUUUAAGUUGAAGGGGGUGUACAAGCUUGACUUUCCCACCCAACCGCCAGUUGCGGGACUACCUCGUAUCGGGACUUCUGUGAUAAAUGGUAGUUAUAGAGGGUUUAUGGAAGUAAUACUGCAGAAUAAUGAUACAAAGGUGCAUACCUAUCAUUUGAGUGGAUAUGCCUUUUUUGUGGUUGGGAUGGAUUAUGGUGAGUGGACAGAGAAUAGCAGGGGAACUUACAACAAGUGGGAUGGAAUUGCCCGUGCUACAGCCCAGGUUUACCCGGGAGCAUGGACAUCAAUCUUAAUCUCGCUUGAUAAUGUUGGAAUUUGGAACCUGAGAACUGAAAACCUUGAUUCUUGGUAUCUUGGUCAAGAAACAUACAUUAGAGUUGUUAAUCCAGAGAUGACAAACAAGACUGAGAUGCCGAUCCCAGAAAAUGUCCUCUACUGUGGCGCCCUUCAGAGUAGACAGAAGAAACAAGACAUAUCAGAUGCAACUUGGGGCAAUGAACGGAAACUGAUGGUGCUGAUGAUAUCUGCAAUGGUUUCUUUGUUCUUAUUAUGAGAAGAAGAAUCUAUCGUUGUGAUGCAUGUUUUGUGUUUGCAUGCAUGCGGCAGUUCAGCUUUGGUUACUAGUGUUGAGGUUUUGUAAUUUUGAUUGAAAGAUGUAUCAUUGUAUUUUAUUUAUUGACGUAGUAGUGAAUUAAUUGUUCAUACUAUUCUUGUUAGUUGUCACCCUUAACAUGUAACCUUCUUCAUCCAGUUGUAUUUUAUUGCUUCCAUUACAACAUUCUUUUAUGAGAUCAAUGCAAUUAUGCAAGGUGUGAAUUUAAUGAAUGAGCAGUGCACUAAUUUCCAAUGCGGUAA